UUCGUCACGCAGUCAUAUCAUAUGACCACUUUGACCAGCAGCCUUUCGCUGUCAUCUGUGUGUUGCAGCACUAGUUAGCAAAACUUACCCGAAUACCGUAGUGUCCUUUACUCAGCAAUGGCAACGUUGGUGGCAAACAGGGCGAUGGACAACGGCUUGGCAGGAGCAGCGAGGACGCACACUCAAGCUGUGACCAGAAAUUACAUCUCCCAACCAAGGCUAACUUAUUCUACAGUGUCAGGAGUAAAUGGACCCCUGGUGAUUCUUGAUAAUGUCAAGUUCCCCAGAUAUGCUGAAAUUGUUCAUUUGACUUUGCCUGAUGGGACAAAAAGGAGUGGUCAAGUCCUGGAGGUGAUUGGGAGCAAGGCAGUCGUUCAGGUGUUUGAGGGAACAUCAGGCAUUGAUGCCAAGAAGACCGCUUGCGAGUUUACUGGCGAUAUCCUGCGAACACCAGUUUCAGAGGAUAUGCUUGGGCGGGUCUUCAAUGGCUCAGGCAAACCUAUCGACCGUGGACCCAGUGUUCUGGCUGAGGACUAUUUGGACAUCAUGGGUCAGCCCAUCAAUCCCCAAUGCCGCAUCUACCCCGAGGAAAUGAUCCAGACUGGCAUCUCCGCUAUUGAUGGCAUGAACAGUAUUGCCAGAGGACAGAAGAUCCCCAUUUUCUCUGCUGCUGGGUUGCCGCAUAACGAAAUUGCAGCCCAGAUCUGUCGGCAAGCCGGUUUGGUGCAGAAGUCCAAGGAUGUGAUGGACUACAGCUCGGAAAACUUUGCCAUUGUGUUUGCUGCUAUGGGGGUCAACAUGGAAACUGCUCGUUUCUUCAAGUCUGAUUUUGAAGAAAAUGGCUCGAUGGAUAAUGUGUGCCUUUUCUUAAACCUGGCCAAUGAUCCUACGAUUGAACGUAUUAUUACACCUCGCCUGGCAUUGACUACAGCAGAAUAUCUGGCAUACCAGUGUGAGAAGCACGUCUUGGUCAUUCUCACCGAUAUGAGUUCCUAUGCUGAAGCUCUGAGAGAGGUUUCUGCUGCCAGAGAGGAGGUGCCUGGACGUCGCGGCUUCCCUGGUUACAUGUACACUGACUUGGCCACCAUCUAUGAACGUGCUGGCCGAGUAGAGGGAAGGAAUGGUUCUAUCACCCAGAUUCCCAUUCUCACAAUGCCUAAUGAUGACAUCACCCAUCCGAUUCCCGAUCUGACGGGAUACAUUACUGAGGGUCAGGUGUACGUGGACAGGCAGCUCCACAACCGUCAAAUUUACCCACCCAUCAAUGUGUUGCCAUCUCUUUCCCGUCUGAUGAAGUCAGCUAUUGGAGAGGGUAUGACCAGGAAGGACCACGCUGAUGUCUCAAACCAGCUGUAUGCCUGCUAUGCUAUUGGCAAGGACGUUCAGGCCAUGAAAGCUGUUGUGGGAGAAGAAGCCCUCACAUCUGAUGAUCUCCUCUACCUUGAGUUCCUACAGAAAUUUGAAAAGAACUUCAUUGCCCAGGGUCCAUAUGACAAUAGGACGGUGUACGAAACCCUGGACAUUGGCUGGCAACUUCUUCGAAUCUUUCCCAAGGAGAUGCUCAAGAGGAUUCCUCAGAGCACUUUGGCAGAGUUUUAUCCCAGGGAGUCGGCUGCUCGCCACUGAAUUCCAGAUUUCUUUAUCAUAUAGUCUUACAAACAUCCUCCUCCCGUUAUCAUGCCAGCAGUGUCAGCUCUCUACUUCGUGGCAUGGAGAUGAAUGUUGUUGAGCAUCCCUGACCCCCAAAACUUACUUUCUUUCCCUAAGGUCACCUCUCAUGAUAUAUAUUUAUCUAAAAUACUCUACUCUCGCACAAUGAGAGCACAGUAGUAAUUUUAUGUUUAGGUGUACUGUAUGUAUCGCUGUUCAAAGUAUGUGGUGUACGAAGUAUCUGUGGUUGUAUUGCUUUUCAUGGAAAAAAAAUGUGAUCAUAUCUGUCAACUUUUACUCAAACACUUAUGAUGUGUGCUACUGCUGGAUCCUUAAUUAUAUCCCAAAACUAAGUACUGUCCACUAUUAGAGCAAAUUAUUUCACAGUGGAGAAUUUUUCAUAUAUGAUGAUGGCGAAACGGUAUCCUCGUAGUCAGUGCUUAUUCUCCAAUCAAAUGAACUCUCAGAACCCAGGCUGAAAGAUAUAAGCCAGGUCAUGCUGUAAUAUUUCAUGGAUGUUUACAUUAUUAGUGCGUUGUUGUUUGAUUUGUGUUAUAAAAGUAGUAUAUUGAACAUUCCCAUUAGUCGGAAAAAACUAAUUACAGUAUUUGUUGUGCAAUCAUUGUUUUUUUGUGAACAGAAAUAAAUUAUGAGAACGUUUUUUUUUUUUUUUACGAUGCUUUUUUGAUCUGUGGAACCCUUGUCAUUAAACUCCUUAAUAGUGUGUCCA